AUGGGUAAUAUGAUUGGCAGAGCUAUAAAAGUUGAUGAAACAACAUUGAAGAAGGAUAUUGGAUACUAUGCCAGUGUUCUAGUGGAAAUAGAUUUAGCUAAAUUUAUACCAAGCAAAAUUUGGGUUGAAUCUAAGUAUACAAAGUUUGAACAAGCAAUACAUAUUCCAAAGUUACCAAAAUUCUGUAACCAUUUCCAGGUGAUAGGUCACUAUGUAACAGAAUAUAGAAGUAAAAGAAGUGAAACAUCACCAACAAUUCCAAUUCAAGAACCAACAAUAGAAAAACCUAAGAAGAAGUGGAGACCAAAAAAACCUCAAGAGGGUAUUGGUUUUGACAUUUGCUUCCCAGAGAAUACUUCCACCCAUUUUACUGAAUCUAAUGUGAAUACUCCCAAUAAUUCUAAGGAGACUACUUAUAUUCCUCAACAAUGUGAGCCCUCUUCUGGAAGAUUUCAUUUAUUACAAGAACCUCAAGAAGAGUUUAUAGAUAAGCAAUUAAAUUUGUGUUCCAAUGCUCCUAGCAUUACAAAUGUGGUUAACUUGUUACCACCUAUUAUUCAUGCUAUUAAUCUUACUUCAACAAGUAUCCAAGGAAUUAUGGGACAAGGAAAGGAUAAAAAUGUUCCAAAAGAAAAAGUUGUAAUACCUAAUGUCACUACAAGCAAACAAUCAGCUUCCAGUUCAAGGACUGAGCCUAAUGCUAAAGAUGUUGGAGUUAUUGAUAGCAAAAAUUUCAGGGUAAGAGAAGCCCAAAAGCUUCUCAAACUCAAUCUUCUCAAUGAGGAUGAUUUACUGGAAUCUAUAUCAAACACUAAGCAAGAAAUUAUUGUGGAAGUGGGAGGUUCUAUAAUCACAGGAAUUCAUGCAUCAAGCUUGACUGUUGACAGAAGGGAAUUGUGGAACUCCUUGGAAGAAAUUAAUUCUCUAAAUAAACCAUGGUUAAUUAUUGGAGAUUUCAAUGCUGUCUUGAGUAUUGAUGCAAAAAAAUGA